UCAAACAAACAGGCAAGGAAGACUUUCCCAACAAAAAGACAGCAUUUUUAGUUAUCUUUUUAAAAGUUAGAUACGUUUAAGAAACGCAAAGGCAAAAGGAAAACAUUCCGGUGCAACUUUAUGAGGUCUUUCUACAUUCUCCACUAUGAAGGCCUCUAAAGCAGCACAGCAGACCUCCACUCAAGAGGAAUGUGGUGUUUGGCUGGACACCGUGCAACUCAAAGGCAAAGCUAAAAAGAAAUGCCCUGCCCGCCCCAUUUCUAAAUUGCUAAAUCCUUUUGCUGGCGGGUCAGGAUACAAUUUGGCUGUGGCACUCAACUUCACUCAGACCAAAAUGGAAAUGCCAAAGACUAAACAGAGUUCAUUAUCAACCUUCUUCACACCGCAUCGAAGAGUCCUGAAUAAAAUAUCAGUUUCUGAAGCACCUGAUAUCGACCCAUCUUUGUCAUCAUUUUCCUCAACUACAUCCACAACCGUAGCAUCCGGGAGAAAACGAGGACGUGAAAUAUUUUCUGAGCCUGCUGUGGAUCGUGACUGUAAAAAUGAAAAUGUGACCGAGAUGGAAGAAACACUGCGGCAGAAGCAGGCAGAAUGUCAGUCACCUUCACAAAAAAUGUCCUGUGAAUCUGAGGAGGAGAAGUCUGAGGAGUGGAAACCACCACAGAGUAAGAAGAGGCUCACUGAUGCCUCCUCAUUGCCAGGUGAAAGUGAACCUCUUCUACAGGCGUGGAGUCAGGACCCACUGUUCACAUGCAGUCAGUAUUCUGAAGGUGAAUUUAACCCAGCUAGCCAGGAACAUGCUGCAGCAAAGAAUUUUAGCAACUCAGAGCCAAGUUUCCUGAACAGUCUACAAACUCAGAUGGACUUUGAAAAUCUAGUUGAUGAUGAAGGGAGAACAUCAACUCAGAAAUGCUUCAAACACCAUCAUUCUUCUCAGAUGGAGGAUGAGAAAGAAAACAGCUGGUUACCGUCGUCUAAUUCCCCAAUUAAACGCUCAUAUUUCUCUCAUUCUGGACCUCUUUCAAAUCAUAAAUGGACAGAACCAAAAAUUGCUUCACCUCGAAAACACACAAGUCAGCUGUGGAAAAAAGCUGCGAAAGAAGAGAGCCGCGACUCACAGAUCAAGUGGACAAAACUGAGCAGCUCUCCUCUUAAAAAACAAGCUGCACAGUCGCGGAGCAGAGAGGUGGAUGAGGACAGUUUGGCUAUGUUGUUUACUCAGGACUCUGAAGGCUUCAGGGUGAUGGCACACAGAGGUCUGCAGUCCAGGAGUCCACUUAAAGAUCAGAGUAAUGUAAGCACUGGGAUUGUGAGAACUAGUGCUUAUAAAUCUCUGGUGGAGGAGGAAGAGGAGGAUGAGAUUCUCUUUACGCAAGACUCUCAAGGAAACGUGGUGAUUAAGCACUGAAAAACGUCUUUUAAAUGUGAUUCCAGAGGUCUCCCUGUAUGGCUAUAGUCCAGCAAAUGUGGAUUUUAGUGGUGAAAAGCUAAAAUACCUCUUUUCUUGAAUACACAAACUAGAGAUACAGUUUAUAUAAUUUGAAACUGUGAAAAUGUUUCUACUCUUCUGUAACCAUCUUCUUACUUUGUCACACCUGUAGCUCUUUUGUUUGCACUCAGAUUUUUGUCAUUUUGCCUCACAUAUUGGAACUUCUUUUUGUUAUGCUGUCCCUGUUUUUUUUUGUUUGUUUGGGUUUUUUUCUCAAGCAUCAUAAAAUUUAAAAUGCACAACUGGGGGAUUUUGACUUUAUUUGAAAAAGGAUACACAAUUACAUUGAAUGGUUUUCUUGUCAAUAAAGUUUUUGAAAAGUAGAA